AUGGGAAGACUGAUCAACUUGCGUUACUUAGAUAUUACUCAUGUGCCUUUGAAAGAGAUGCCGCAAGGAAUCAGUCAGAUGAAAUGCUUGCAAUUCUUAUCAAAGGUAGUAUUGAGUGACAAACAUAACGAUGACGUGUUCAAAAUUACAGAUUUAGCAGAGCUUGAACAUCCAAGCGAAAACCUUUGCAUUUUGGGUUUGGAAAAUAUUAAUGAUGCGAUGGAGGCUUCAAAGGCUAAUUUAAAGGAUAAGAAGGACCUUACGAAACUGACUUUGAGCUGGAGCUAUGAUGUUGUUGAUGCUGAUAGUUCACAAAAAGAAUUAGAUGUACUUGACGCACUUCGACCUCAUACAAGCUUGAAGCAUCUGGAGAUUAGAAGUUAUAGAGGUACAACAUUCUCGAACUGGAUUGCAGAUGAUGCAUUUUCUAAUUUAGUAUCAAUUAGUUUGAGCAAUUGUAAAAGCUGUUGUUAUUUACCACCACUUGGACAACUAGCUUCUCUCAAAGAUCUCACAAUUAAUGGAUUUGAUAGUGUGUAUUCAAUAGGUGAUGGGAUCGAUAGCAGUGUUCCUCUAUUCACUUGUUUAGAAAGAUUACACAUUCGAAAUAUGUUGAUGUGGAAAGAAUGGUCAUUUGGUACCGAAGCAAUUCUUCAAGGAGGUCAAAUAUUCCCUCUUCUAAAAGAACUUCGGCUGUAUAAUUGUCCCAAGCUUAAUGUUGGCUUACCCGGUUAUCUUCCAUCAUUAGAAAGACUCGGUAUCUUUGAGUGUGAAGAAAUGGAGUAUUUGCUUCCGAGAACUCAACAAACUGUCACAGACUGUCCUGUGUUGGAGUCACUUCUAGAUUGGGGUUGGGGAUCGCACUCCAAAGUAAAGGAACUUUCUCUAUGGAACACAUAA